UAUUACGGUCGGUACUGUUGUUCUCACAGCUCCCCGUUUCCCUGGACUCAAGUUAUUGUUUUUGGUCAGUCGCUGUGACAUCUAAGCCAAGUGAGUUAAAGCUGUCUUCUGCAUGGUCUCUGCACUACGUUUGGUAACCACAGCAAGGCACUACAGUUCUGUCGAGGAAGUUAAUUUUAUGUACGGCUCCUUCAAAAUGAUGACAAUGAAGAAAUUAGCAUUGUAUUGGGCGAUUCUAUCCAUAUCAGCCCCCCAGACUGCCAGCAUAAACCCAGUGAAAAUGCACAAGCUGUGCCCAACCACAAUGAGAUGCCUCUAUGGCUUGAUUUUGACGUGCUUUUUCUGCGAUGGAAGAAUGGUUAAAACAUAUUGUGUACCGACCCGUGUGUCUUGCGAAUACCCUUGGCGACCGUAUUGCCACUUGCCAAUGACAGUUUCUUGCAAUGCGACUGAUACAGAGUGCGCCUGCCGUUGUGUGUCCAUAGCGAUGGUGCGGCGACAAGGAUAACGGAGAGAAAUGUUAACUGAAAAACAGCAUUCUUCGAUUGAUGCUAUCGUAGCAAAAGCUAUAUGAAUGUUUGUUCAGCACAUCAAUCGGACCUGUGGGUAUUGCAGUGUCUGUAUCAAGCACACUAUUAUCCUGUUUUCUAUGUUUUUUAUGCGUUGUUUCGUAGCUUGA